CGUUUGGAGCGUGGUGUUUCUGUUGGGAUGAAUCCGCGGUGUGGGUCGCAGUAGCUCAUCAAUUAUGGAAAGCUAGUUUGAAUCUGCCAACGAUCAACAUAACGCCAAGACCGACUGGACGGACCAUGGUAGCCGUUGACAACAAAUGCCUCCUACUGGGGGCGUUCACCAUCAUCAUGUACUUCAUGUGGAUGGACAUCGCACUCUGGUACCACCUGCAGGCAUUGGUGCCGUCAGAGAAGGGCGCGAUGACCCACCAGCAGGACGACGCCUUCUCCGUGUUCUACCCCAUCACGGUCAAGCUGCUGAUGUGCGACCCGAUCAACCACUACAUCUACCUGCCGCUCUGCUUUGUAUUCACACAGGUGACGCGCUUCACCACGCUGUUUUCGUUCGUCACGCCCAACGUGAUCAGCGUGACGCGCGUGUUCGUCGUCGUGCCGGGACUGCGGCUGCUGCUGUUGGAGCCGCUGGGCCUGCGCCAGACCGGCGUCGCCAUCGUGCUCAUCGGCGAGUGGAUGGACUCGCUGGACGGCUUCGUGGCCCGCCUGCGCGCUGCCAACCCGGCCAUGCAGUCAGAGGUCGGCGCCAUCGGAUACUACAUGGACGGCAUCUGCGACGGCAUCAGCGCCGUCAUGCUGCUGUUCGUAUGCUUGGUAUACCUGAAGCGGCACCCGCCACGCCAGAGCGGCCGCGUGCUGCAGCUGCCGGUCAUCUGCUCCAAGGUGGAGGACCGGUCGCAGGAGAACAAGGAGUGCCUGCUGGGCGGGGGCCAGCUGGGCGGGCCCCGUGUGCCCGUACCUUCGGGCGUCGUCUGCACCACCGUCUGGCUCUUCGGCUUCCAGCUUCUGCUCGCCUCCUUGGGCUGGAACUACGUUAUCGCCGGUUAUCAGCGCCUGCUAGAGAACGGCGACGGCUCGCAUACGGUGAAGCAGCUAGCUGUGUUGCAUGCCGCCUCGACAUGGAUUCUGAUGUGGUUCUGGCGAGUCACCUGCUUUCACUCCAUUAUGCACUGCUUUCUGAUAGCCAUUUUCUUUGACAAACUGUGGGAGUUCCUGACAGCCGUGCGGUACGUCGGAUACGUGGCCUUGUUUGCGCUGAUCGUUCUGAACCAGAUACACUUUCAAGCGAUCCAGACGUACUUCUAGUGACGCGGUCCGCAGCGUCACUAGGUGGGGAGUGUGGUGCCGACUUGCCGUUUCGUGGCGCUGUGCGUCACACACCUUUUGAAAAGGUAGCGUUCUGGACGAGGCGCCCUUGUGAAGAUUUGCCUUGUGUACUGGACCCGCCGCGCAGGCCAAGACGACUGACCCGCUGCCCGUGAUGUUGCAAUGUGACGUGAAUAUGCCGUCCGCACUGUGUUGUAACUAGUCCACCAGUGAAUGUUUAUUAUGCACCAACUUAAGGGUCAUGCCGCAAGACAAGUGGUGCCGAUGUGCAUGUGUUAUUGCAGGUUCAUGUGCUAGGAAGCUGGGGUUUUCUGACACUUUCAGAAUUUUCAGCGCAUUUCUUCCAAAGUGAAGUGCCAUCUGUGAAACUGAGCUCUGUAAUUUCCCCAUGCAAUUAGUGUCAACUUGUAGAGGCAACUACUGUUUCCAUCGUUUACUGCUGACCUGCCGACCGAUGACCUGCCACCAUUACCACUCACCGUGAUUGUUCGUGCUCGUGGCCCAGCUACAUCGUACAAUCAGCGAGUGAUUUUUUAGGGUUGUGUACCUGUGCGAAGAACCGAUUUAUAAGCACUUAUUAAUGAGUUAGUCCUGAAUCAUGCAUGAUAUUGGUGCAGCCUAAAUGUCGCCUGGUCUGGAGAUUGACACUAUCCCAUGGUGGUGUGCUAUUUGUGACUGAAUAUCAUUGGAAUCUGGUGUUGGAUGCAUUUUAUCAUUCCUGAAAACAACUUUCUGUUUUGUUCCAUGCGAUCUAUCUCAGGCGUUCGCUGGCUCUCGCGGCAAAUAAAUGUCUUCGCGUGGCCGUCUUUAGUUUCGGCAUUGGGUGCUGUGUGACCGAGGCGUCGAUGCGCCUCAAAAUCAAGCAGGUAGCCAACCAUGGACCCGGUGUGGAUUGAGCCUCUAACCUUACCGUG